UAUAAAAAGUAGAGCUCCUACCUGAAGAACUACCGAAAAUUAUACAACUCGGAGAUACCUUUGAAGGGUUCUCCAGCUACUCCACCAAACAACAUAGAGAUCCUUCUCAUUCUUGAUAUAUAACUUUUCAGAUCUCUUGAUCCCUUUACUAUCGCUCUUUUCCUUCCUCUCGAUUUGGCUUUUCUCCGAAGCUCCGCCCACACGCCGGCCCGCCAGGUUCUUGGUUGGCGUCCGGCGAUCGCUCGCGCCGUCCGGGAAUGGAGGCGAUAAGAAAGCAGGCCACGUGGCUCCGGGAACAGGUGGCGAGGCAGCAGCAGGCUGUUCUCAAGCAAUUUGGUGCUGGUGGAUAUGGAAGUUCUGAUGGUGUAAUUGCAGAUGAGACAGAACUUCAGCAACAUCAAAAGUUAGAAAAGCUUUACAUAUCAACCCGUGCAGCCAAGCAUUUUCAAAGGGACAUUGUUCGUGGUGUGGAAGGUUACAUCAUCACUGGAUCUAAACAAGUCGAGAUAGGUAAUAAGUUGUCUGACGAUAGUAGAAAAUAUGGUGUUGAAAACACUUGCACAAGUGGCAAUACUCUAUCAAAAGCUGCUUUAAGUUAUUCAAGGGCUCGUUCUCAAAUAGAAAAAGAGCGCGGGAAUCUUUUAAAAGCCCUUGGAACCCAGGUUGCAGAGCCAUUAAGAGCAAUGGUAAUUGGUGCUCCUUUGGAGGAUGCUCGACACCUUGCCCAGAGAUAUGACAGAAUUCGUCAAGAAGCUGAAGCUCAGGUUAUUGAAGUUUCAAAGCGUCAAAUGAAAGUAAGAGAAACCCCCAGCAAUAUUGAUAAUAUAUCAAGGCUAGAAUCUGCUGAGGCUAAGCUGGAAGAGUUAAAGUCAAAUAUGGCAGUGUUCGGUAAGGAAGCUGUUGCAGCAAUGACUGCUGUUGAAGCCCAACAACAAAGGUUGACUUUGCAGAGGCUUAUUGCAAUGGUUGAGUCAGAGCGAACCUUCCAUCAGAGAAUCCUGCAAAUCCUUGAUCAACUUGAAGGAGAUAUGGUAUCAGAGCGUCAAAGAAUUGAAGCAUCUCCAAAUCCAGUCAUGGAAAACUCUAUGCCACCACCUCCAUCAUAUGAAGAAGCCAAUGGAGUGUUUCCUGCCCCUACAGUUGAUGGAUCAACUGAAACCGUGGAAUACUUUUUAGCAGAGGUUAUACAUUCAUAUCAGGCUGAGACAGAUGUGGAGCUUAACUUAUCGGUCGGUGACUAUGUUGUUGUAAGAAAGGUGUCUGGUAAUGGUUGGGCAGAAGGUGAAAGCAAAGGAAAAGCUGGUUGGUUCCCUUAUGAAUACAUUGAAAGACGUGAACGUGUGCCUGCAAGUAAAAUUGCUCAAAUUUUUUAGCCAGGCAUGGGAGAAUAUGGGUUUCAUAGAGAAGCUUCUAUCAAGCUCUCUGUGUUCGCAGGUGCCUACGUUUCAAACCUUGAAACUGCAUCUUUCUUUUUUUUUUUUUCAUUUUCUUCUUUUCUCUUCCUUCAGUUUGGAGUCUCUGUUCCUCUAAAGAUGGUCCAUUUUGUUUAGUGAUGAAGGAUUGCCGUCUUGUACUUCUUUUUGCAUUGUUAACCAAACUAUGAAGGAGGCAAUGUUGUUUAUGAUCAAUCAAUCCAGACUAGUUUUGGGUUGGUGAUAUAGGUAGGCUCGAUUCCACAGCCUGAAGCUAUAAGAACUGGUUUGGCAUUUUUAAGAAAAUGAUCGAUAAAGGUGUUUGGGCA